AGAUGGGGGCUGUAAGCGAUUGGGGGGAUGUAACGCAUUUCUCUUGUUGUGACUAAUUAUAAAAUACCUCUCUCCACUUCCCCGGGUCCUGAGUUCGCUGAAAAGCUUCGGUGCCCGCAAGAAGGACCGCAGCAGUCUUGGAAGGGGAGCGAGGAGGCUGGAGCGCUCGCAAUAAGAGCUCACUGUGGUCCCUUCUCCUGUGUAAGCUGUUCUUUCUUCGCUCCAUCUUCAUCUCCUCAAGAGACAAGACCCGCUGAGCUCUUCUAUAAAUAUUUAUCCAGCUGCUCUAAACCAGAGACUUCCGCGAGAGCCGCCGCUCCCUUUGGAAGAACAACAAGGGUGGACCGACGAGGAGAAAGAAAGACCAUGACAUUGCUUCUGAGAUGUCAUUUCUUGCUCCUGGCUUUUAGCACAUCUCUCAUCCUUACUGUUCAGGCAGAGUGUAGCAGAGACUGUGCAUUGUGUGCUCACCGACUGGCAUACCAUGCUGAUAUCAAUCCCCUGGCAUGUACACUGGAAUGUGAAGGGAAGCUGCCUUCUGCCAAAGCUUGGGAAACCUGCAAAGAUCUCCUUCAGCUGACUAAAGCGGAUCUUUCCCAGGACGGCAAUGGUGCCCUAGGGGAUACCCCAAAGCAGGACGAGAGCCAUUUGCUGGCCAAAAAAUAUGGUGGGUUUAUGAAAAGGUAUGGGGGCUUCAUGAAGAAGAUGGAUGAGCUCUAUCGUAUAGAACCAGAGGAAGAAUCUAAUGGAGGAGAAACCCUUGCCAAACGAUAUGGAGGGUUUAUGAAGAAGGACUCAGAUGAUGAUGCCUUGGCUAAUUCCUCUGACCUGCUGAAGGAGCUUCUUGCGACAGGAGAAAAUGCUGAAACUGGACAUUAUCGAGACCUGAACGAUAAUGAUAGUGAGGUCAUGAAGAGAUAUGGUGGCUUCAUGAAAAGUAUAAAGCGCAGCCCAGAGAUGGAAGAUGAUGUGAAAGAGCUCCAAAAGAGAUAUGGUGGCUUCAUGAGAAGAGUGGGAAGACCAGAAUGGUGGCUGGACUACCAGAAACGAUAUGGUGGAUUUUUUAAGCGCUUUGCCGACUCUCUAUCUCCCUCAGAUGAAGAUGGAGAAAGUUAUUCCAAAGAGGUUCCAGAGGUGGAAAAGAGAUAUGGUGGAUUUAUGCGAUUUUAGUAUUCUCCUUUGUGCCCUUUCCAUUCCCAAAUCAAAGACUGCCUUGUUGAUCAUAAUUUAUUGUAAUGUGUUGCUUGUACUGUACAGUUUUUUACUGUUCUAGUUCAUUGUGCAAUCUGCUGUCUGAUAUUUCAGGUUCUGUGCUAUUCUAAGUCAACAGAUAAGUUUUGUUUUGACUAAUUUGUCUAUAUUGUGCUUUUCGUGCGACAUCUGUUUUAGUUACUAUAUGCCUUCCUUUUAAAAGAGCGCAAUUGCUCAGUUGUGUAGACAAUAAAUUGUUCAUCUAAAUGGCAUAAUAAAUCCUGAAGUUUUUUUUAUGGCAAUUCCUAUGUUGAUACAAAGAAAUCUUCUACAAUGCAGUGUCUCUGCAAAUGUGAAAUUUGUGCAACUCACCAAACAAGAGAAGCUGAAAUACAGUUUUACUUUUCUUCUUUUUAUCCAUUUUAAAGUUUCUUUUUCAAUCACAAUGUGACAAGUACAUUCUAGUUAUGUUUUGAUAGCCUUUUGCCUAACAAAAUGGAAUAUUUUUUUAAAAAUGAUACUUGUUAACAUCAUUUAGCUUACAUUUUUAAAAGAAUACAACAUUUCUUAAAACACUAAAAGUUGAUUUAUCCACACUGAUGAGAUUGUUUUAUCAUGAUUUGAACACCUUAUUUUUAAACCAAAUAAGCAAAAAGUUUUACUUAUGGAUUCCAGCACAUUUGUAACAGUACAUUAAAACAUUUCAUUUGCAAAAGAUAGUAGAUAUUUCUCCUAUCUGACAUAUCUGUUAGCUUCUCAUCAAUUCCUACUCUGCACAAAUAAAUUCUGCUGAGAUGAAGCAAAACACUUGUUUUAAUUACUACAAGACCCCAACAUUGUAUUUGUGUGCAUAAAGACAUGGACCUAUCAUAAUAAAAUACUGUGACUUGAGUUCAA